AUGGUCACCAUCUCGGACAAUACAUUUUCGAAAGUGCCGCCUCAUCAUCCUCGAUUGCACCGGAAAUCCGGCCUGGGCCAUGGGCCCUUUGACGCCUCUGAAGGCGCUGCCAACGGCAUUGCCUCAGGCUCUUUCACAGAAGCGUUUUUAAAAGCUUCAAACAGACCCCAAUUUCACCAUUUGCCCACUCCUGCUCCUUCUGCUACCACGUCCGUUGUGGAGCAGAAGCACGACGAAUCCAACGAGAAGCAGGAGCAAGAAAUUCGUCUCAUGGACUUUAUUGAUGUGCCCUCAUUGGUCUCCGACAACGAAGAAGAGGAAUCGGAUGCCGAGAGCUCGCAUUCGUCGAAGGGCGCUUCUCUGGUGUUUUCUAGACCUGCAGUGAAACUGCCCCCAGCACUGGCUGCUGCUGAGCAGGUGAAGCGGUCUCUCAAGGAGGAGAAUCAGUCUAUGGAAUCCAUAGAAAAGUCACGCGAUGAACCUCUUCGAUCUGUGGAAACCGAACUUGCUCCUCAAGCAGAGGAACUCCCAUCUGCGACAGAAGCCACUCAAGCAACCUCUACGAUUUCUGACGCUCAGUUCAAACUAGAACGUUCUCAGCUUAUGAAGAUUGCUGUGAAGUACGUUGCGAUGAAAAUUCACAACUCGUUUCCUCCAGAGUCUGCUCGUACUAUUGACCCGGAGGAGAUGCCGUUGGACCAAUUCCUCUUGAUCUUGACAAGCCGCUUGCAGUUGACUUUGCCUCUUUUUAUGAAAGGUAUCAUUUACUUGUUUCGCUAUAUGGACAUUAUUUACCUUUUGCGCUAUUUGAAUCAGUCAAACAACUUUCUCAACUAUACCGAGAUGGGUUUCAAUUUGAAGAAACUAAUUGUUGGAUGUUUUAAACUCACAUUGGCGAGAGAGCGCAUCAGUAAAGAUUGGAGCGGCGUCACUGGAUUGGCUAAUGCCGAGAUCAAUACUAUAGUGAAGACGGUGGUGAAGCGUUUGAAUGGCAAGUUGGCCAUCAAAAACAUCGAGCUUCUCAGAUUGAAGCUGGAGAUUUACCGAUUUGUGAAGAUGGUGGUCAAAGAAGUGAAGUGA